AUGCUCAAGUUCCUCGUUGCGUUUUUGUGGGCUUUCACUCUUGGCGAGAUUGUACAUAUCGAGCCGCCACUACCAGGGUAUAGCGUUGAGGUUCUGCAAUGGGAGGUGCUGGUCAGCCUCGACGGCCAGACGGCGACCCUAAACGGUACAGUCCAGCAGAUCUAUCAACAACUUCUAAAGAUCAAUCCCGAGUAUGCAGCCGAGAUCGGGAUGAUCAAGAAGGGAUUCACCUCUUCACUUACUGAUACCCGAAGAUCGCUUGGGGUCUCAGAGGUGCAGGACACCUGGACAGUCUGCGGGCAUUUCGAUCCCGCCAGAGCAAGCGCAAUAUGGGAAGGUAUCGACUACCUCUAUACUAUCGACGGCAAGCCUGGGUCGAAGCCAGGACCUCGAAUGUGCGGCCAGGUGAGCUGCUCUUAUGACAGCGCGAUCUGGUGGUGCAAUGAUAAUAACACUACGAAAAUUCUCCCCUCCUACAGUGACAUUGCUUACUCCGCCAAGUACAUUGCAGGAAAUUGCACUUACUGGUCGGAGGAACAUUUGGAAGAGCAAGUCUCCGGCCAGCAGUUUCAUUCUGAUAACUGGAACACAAUUGUUAGAAGCGCAGUCUGCUAG